CUGCAAAGGACAGAAGGAGGAAUGAAGAAUCACAGAAACCAUGUCAAUAGGGGAGGAAAGGGAAGAUGAUGCAAGUGAACAAUUAGCAAGACAAUCAUUGCAGCUAGUAGAAGAGUGUUUUUAAUCAGAAGUGCACUAGGAGCCAUUCACAAAAUCCUGCUUGCAGAAUUUCUGGCAGCAGCCACUUCCUUUGUGGCAAAAAGAUCAAGCUAAAUAAAAACAAGGAAGCAGAGCUCUGACGUAGCCCAUCGUUAUGAAACUAUUCUCUGCUCCCUUACCACUCACACUGUGAUUCCGGAAAGCUGGUGUGCACAUUGCGGAGAGGACUUACCGGGGACAAGAUAAGGAGAAGAUCAAGAAUAAUAGUAUUGGGGAUCUCCUGGCACCCCGGGGAGCACAUUCUUCCUCACACAUCUUUCCUAGAAGAUUGGAAUCAGGACAUGGAUUUGAAGGGCGCGUGAGAUGCGGACACUAACGCUGAUCUGCUCAAGCCCAGCUAGUAAGAAAGCCCUUCUCUGCUGUUUCACCAAAGCUAACACUGAGAGCCCAGAUCACGCCACCCAGCCCAGCCUUCCUGGGGAUGGAGCUGAACCACACGUACCUGCUGCCUGCACAGCCCACACUAGCGGACGAUGGAGAUUACAAAUGUGUGAUAGAUGUCUCUGAUGUGGCCCUGGAUGGUGUCACGCUGCUCAUCUGCCUGUGCGGUCUGGUGGGGAAUGGGGCCGUCCUCUGGCUCCUCAGCUUCUGCAUCCGCAGAAAUUCCUUCACCAUCUACAUCCUCAACCUAGCCUUUGCAGACUUCAUCUUCCUCCUCUUCAUGCUCAUCUCAGCCCUGUUAUACAUCGUGGAUAACAUCUCCUGCUCCACUUCAGAGUUUCUGAACUACCUGCGGUCACUUUUGCUGCUGUCUCUCUUUGCCUACAACAUGGGCUUGUAUCUCCUGACAGCCAUCAGCAUAGAGAGGUGUGUGUCCGUCCUAUGUACUAACAGCCAUCACUGCCACCGCCCCAAGCACUUGUCAGCCAUUGUGUGUGCCCUGCUCUGGGCUCUCUCCAUCUCUGUAAUUGCUGCAGUGACUUUUCUCUGCAUGUCUCGCCAACAUGAGCAUUGCCAGCUGGCUCUCACCUCCAUGUAUGUCCUCAAUUUCCUCAUCUUUGCUCCACCCAUGGUCCUCUUCAGCACAAUCCUGUUCAUUAAGGUCCGAUGCAACUCCCAGCACCAUCACUCUGGGAAGCUCUACAUCGUUAUCUUCCUCACAGUCCUCUUCUUUCUCCUUUUUGCUCUUCCCCUCAGCAUCUGGAACUUCCUACAGCAGUUCAACUACAUUGUUGGCCAGUCCCAGAUUGUUUUCUUGCUCGUCUGUAUCAACAGCAGCAUCAACCCGUUUAUCUACUUCCUGGUGGGGAGCUACAAGAGGCACUUCUCCAUGGUCUCUUUGAAGGUUUCCUUCCAGAGGGUCUUUGAGGAGCUGGGAGAUAACACAGCAUGCAGUGAAGAUACUACAAUGGACACACUAGCCCCAGUCUGUUAAAGUCUGUUCUGCUUCAUGUCUCUGGACAAAGGAUGAGGGUUUUCUUAGGUAACUGAAUAAAAUAAAUUUGUCCAUAUUAAUUUUCCUAAAAUCACCCACCAGCAGUGUAAUUCUGUUCCCUAGAGGAAACCAGGGCUGAGCUGUGUAGAAGGUCGAUAUGGGGAAAGAAGCUUUGUGGGGAGCACAGCUUCUCUGCAUCCCCAUCAGCCCACACUGGUUACAAAAGUACUAUUCCCCCCAACAGAAACAUGCCACAGACGACCAUCUUCCCAUCUCACACACUGUCAAAUAGUGCAGCUUCUGCUGACUGGGAUGGACAUUGCAUUUGGGAAACCCUGACCCAUAUUCAGACUCAAGGAUAAAACAUAGUCAAUGUCCUAAGCUCUUCUCCCCUGUCUCACCUCCAACCCCACACAGGUUGUCCCAAAUUCUGCUCCCCUUCUAUUUCUAGAAAUGCUGACUGGGGAGGUUGGAGCGGUCAUCGCCCCCUCACAACACUCUGCCCUCCCCUCACAUAGAUACUUCUCUCCUGUAUCUCGCUGCCGCUUGAUAUCAAUAAACAGCAUUGCA